CAACUGCCAAGCAAACCCAGAGCCAUGAUGUGUUCCUGAGGACACUAAAUGAACUUGCUGCAGGACUGCUGAGCUGACAGAAGGUUCCAGAGGGAAGGAGGUGCCAGCUGGGGGUCCUGCCUCAGUGUGGAGAGAGGCCCUGAUAGUCACCUGGCAAGUCAGCCCCUUCCCAACCCAAUGGAUCUGGAUUGAAGGAUCAAAGAUCCAUGGAUCAAGGAUUGCAGCACCACAUGGCACUCACUCCUGAGAGCCCACGCUGCCGCCCCGCAGCCAAGCUCCUGCGAGAGGGAAGAACACAUGAGGAGCUAGCUGCAGAGGACCCUCUCUUCUUGGGCACAGGAACACCGGGGGACUCGCGGCCUGGCUGUCCAGGUGCAAUGGGCCAGAAAAUGGUACCCCACGAACUGCCCAGGCAAGGAAGGCAAGGUGCUUGCUCUGCUGGGACCAUGCCUGUGAUCUUUGCCCUCUGGCUCCUCCUAAGCCAGGCCACCGCUGACCCAUGUUACCAUCCAGGUGGCCGCCCCCGCUUCUGCCUCCCACCAGUGACCCAGCUGGCUGGCACGGCAGCCUCCUGUCCCCAGGCCUGCGCCCUCUCCCUGGGGGCAGACCUCAGCCCCCGGGCCACCUGCAAUGGCAGCCUAACCCUGGCCCUGGGUGGCCCCUUCCUCCUGACAUCCGUCAGCCUGCGCUUCUGCACUCCAGGAUCCCCAGCCCUGGUCCUGUCUGCUGCCUGGGCCAGCGGAGGUCCCUGGAGAUCGCUGUGGCGCAGACCUGCCUGGCCUGGGGCCUUGGGAGGCCCUGAGAAGGUGACGUUCCGGGCCCCACCAGGCCCGAAGUCCAGCGUGGUAGUCAGUCACCUCCGCGUGGAGUUUGGGGGCCGGGCAGGGCUGGCGGCAGCCGGAGUGAGGGGCCGCUGCCAGUGCCAUGGCCACGCGGCCCGCUGUGCUGCCCGUGCCCGGCCCCCCCGAUGCCGCUGCCGCCACCACACCACGGGCCCGGGGUGUGAGAGCUGCCGCCCAUCCCAUCGAGACUGGCCCUGGCGGCCUGCCACGCCCUGGCACCCCCACCCUUGCCUGCCCUGCUCUUGCAACCAGCAUGCCCGACGCUGCAGGUUCAACUCUGAGCUCUUCAGACUGUCUGGUGGCCGGAGUGGGGGCGUUUGUGAGCGGUGCCGCCACCACACGGCUGGGAGGCACUGCCACUACUGCCAGCCGGGCUUCUGGAGGGACCCCGGCCAGCCCAUCACCAGCCGUAAGGCCUGUAGGGCCUGCCAGUGUCACCCGAUCGGGGCCACAGGGGGCAUCUGCAACCAGACCAGUGGGCAGUGCUCCUGUAAGUUAGGGGUCACUGGCCUCACAUGCAACCGCUGUGGUCCGGGCUACCAGCAGAGCCGCUCUCCUUGGAUGCCCUGCCAGCGAAUUCCGGAGGCAACAACACCCCUUGUUACUACCCCUGGUGCUUACAGCUCUGACCCUCAGUGUCAAAACUACUGCAAUGUCUCGGACACCAGGGUACAUAUGAGCCUUCGGAGAUACUGCCAGCAGGACUACGUUCUCCGCGCGCAGGUGCUGGCGUCGGAGGCGGCGGGCCAGGCCUGGCAGCGGCUGGCGGUGCGCGUGCUGGCCGUCUACAAGCAGCGGGCGCGGCCGGUGCGCCACGGCAGCCAGGACGCCUGGGUGCCCCGCGCCGACCUGGCCUGCGGCUGCUUGCGCCUUCAGCCCGACACCGACUACCUGCUGCUGGGCAGCGCGGCCGGCGGCCCCGAUCCCGCGCGCCUGGUCCUCGACCGCCACGGCCUCGCGCUGCCCUGGAGGCCACGCUGGGCCCGGCCUCUUCGGCGGCUGCAGCUGGAGGAGCGCGCGGGGGGCUGCCGCGGCCUGCGGCCCCCCGCCCCAAGCCCGGACCCGAGCACCACAGCGGGACCUGGGCGAACUGCACCGCCGCGGGAGGAACAGACGCCAGCUUGCGCUGAGCCUUCCAGUUCGACGACGGCGCGUCCCUGAGUGAGCCAAUCAGGUGCCGUGGAGCCUGUGAUGUCACUGGCACGCGCCCGCGCCGCGGCGGCCGGAGGGACCCGCCAAAGGCCGCGAACCGCCAGCGGGACUUUGGGCCGCCAGGCGUUUGGGCUGCGGACUGUGCGGCUAGGCCCCUAAAUAAACAAUUAAAUCUUG